UAAUAAAUAGCGAAAUAAUGUUAAUCGCUACAAUAGCACUUUGCACUGCUAUCGAAAAUGACACUACAGUUCGUUACCAUUUACCGGAUUAUAUAAUACCAUUGCAUUAUGAUGCCAAUAUAAGAUUUAACUACAAAACAAAUUACAUUAUUGGUGAAUGUAAUAUAACUAUAGAUAUUAAUCGUCAAACAGAAAAUAUAAUUCUGCAUCCAGUGACUUUCACGAUAAUUAGAAUUGUUUUGUAUAACAAUCUUCUUAGUAAAAAAGUGGAUGUUUCACAAUAUUCAUUUGAUAAUGAACUAAGUAAGCUUAUGAUUGAUUUUACGACAUCAAAACGUCCAAAAUAUUUACAACCAGGGAAAUACACUCUAAUAAUGACAUAUGUACGUUACAUAAAUAAUUACAAAAACUACAUUUUUAAAUCUUUAUACUCCAAUAUAAAACUGGACAACAUGUUAAUAGCGACAGGUAUUGAUGUAAUGACUGCUCAACAACUAUUCCCAUGCUGGGACGAGAUAGCACUUAAUUCUACCUUCAAUAUUUCCAUCAAGCAUCAUAAAAAUUACACAGCCUUAUCAAAUAUGCCUAUACAAACAACAAAAAAUGACAAACUUGAAAAUGACAUGAUGUGGACACAUUUUGAGAAAUCACCUUCAAUGUUCAUUCAACAUUUAAAGUUUGUGAUAACCACAUUCACUAACAUUUCUAUUUCGGUUGCAAACGUCACAAUUUGGAGUAGAAAAAACGUGACAGACUAUUUACAAUUAGCAAAAUAUAUUGUUUCACAAGUUCUAUACUUUUUGCAACAUAAAAAUAUUAUAAACAAAUUACCAAAAUUAGACUAUGUUGCAAUUUGGGAUACUCAACAUAAUAACAGUAUGACAUGGGGACUGAUUUUACAAAGAGAAGUUGAUAUUAUUUUGACGAAAAAUCAGAUCCCGUUGGGCAUAAAUUGAAAGUGGCACGCU